CUUCUUUUUACUUGUUUCUGCUUCAGCUGGUUUCAGGGUUUCUCACAUGUUUUUUUUUUUUUUUCUGAAUUAGUUUGUGUUUUGAAAAUGGUUUCAUAAGGCUGAGGGAAGGUAUCUCUAGAGCUCAUGAAGAUGGAAGAAAGAAAGACUAGGUGCAAGAGGGGAAAAGGAAGCUGAACAAUAGCAGUGAAGAUGAUUUUGGACGGUUUCGGAAGUAGGAGAGAACCAAUGGAGGAAACGGCGGUAGCUGUUCCAUUUACGCUUAGUUCCAGAGUCUCCAACGAGUCAGCAAUGGAGAUUACUGGGCUGAAGUUUUUAGCAGACACUUCAAGCUUGUUGUCGUGUGGCAAUAAUGGAUAUAAUAUGAGAAAUAAUCAUGGUGGAAUCUCAGAAAUGAUAAAUGAAGAAGAGGGUAGUUGGAAUUCCACUAGGAAAGAUGAUUUGCAGUCAGUACUUAGUGAUUCAAAUGGCAUCUCUAUGCAGGAUUGUUCAGCUUUGGCUUCUAGUUCUCUGACAAACUCACUGGUGACAUUGGAUAGGAGACAAACUGGUGACAGUGGUGAAGUUAUUAAAGUAAGCUCUGAUGAACCAAAUUUUAAUUUGAAGGCUGAGCAGAUUUCUGUUGAUGUUGAUGGAGAUUAUGGGAAUAGCAAUGGAGAAUUAAGUUCUGAAGUGCAGCAGGAAAAGAAAAUAUGCAGAACAGGAAGCCUUCCAUUAGAGAACUUAUCCUGUUGGGGGUUCACAUCAAUCUGUGGUAAAAGACCAGAAAUGGAAGAUUCUGUUGCAGUUGAACCAAGAUUUUUACAAAUUCUAACUCAAAUGCUCAUAAAUGAUAGCACGAAUUCAAUUCUUCCAAGUCAUUUAACAGGGCAUUUCUUUGGUGUCUAUGAUGGGCAUGGAGGCUGUCAGGUUGCGAAUUACUGCCGCGAACGAAUCCAUAAGGCUUUGGCCGAGGAGAUAGAGACUGAGAAAGCAAGAUUAAGUGAAGGAAGUGUUGGGGGCAACUGUGAGGAGCUUUGGAAGAAAGCCUUCACCAACUGUUUUCUGAAAGUUGAUGGUGAAAUUGGGGGAGCUGAUGAACCAGUUGCCCCUGACACUGCUGGUUCCACUGCUGUGGUUGCCAUAAUAUCACCAACCCACAUAAUAGUAGCAAAUUGUGGUGAUUCAAGAGCAGUUCUUUGUCGUGGAAAAAUGCCGAUGCCCUUGUCAGUUGACCACAAACCAGAUAGAGAGGAUGAAUUGGCCAGAAUAGAAGCUGCAGAAGGCAAGGUAAUACAAUGGAACGGUUCACGUGUUUUUGGUGUUCUCGCCAUGUCAAGAUCCAUAGGUGACAGAUAUUUGAAGCCAUGGAUAAUUCCAGACCCAGAUGUGAUGUUUGUUCCUCGAGCAAAAGAAGACGAUUGCCUUAUUUUAGCAAGCGAUGGCUUGUGGGAUGUGAUGACCAACGAGGAAGCCUGUGAUGUUGCCCGAAGGCGACUCCAUCUUUGGCACAAAAAGCACGGUGAUGGUUUGCCUGCAAAAAGUGGCAGAGUUGAUCCUGAUCCUGAUCCUGCAGCUCAAGCAGCCGCAGAUUACCUCGUGAGGCUUGCCAUCCACAAGGGAAGCAAAGACAAUAUCACUGUAAUUGUGGUGGACUUGAAAGCUCAAAGGAAGUUGAAGAGAAAAAUAUAGGGCAUAAUAAUUGUUCCCGUUUUCUUCCUUCCUUCCAGAAAUAUUUUUUAACGGUUAAAGCAAAUUCCUAGUACACUAGUAUUGAGCAAUCUAAUGCUCUGUGAGUCCAAUUUUUCAAAUGGGCAACAGCAACAUGACAGCUUUGUAUGAGUAUUUCUGAUACUAAAAUCAGAUUUGUUUUUAACAAAAA